AUGCUCCGUCUCACCGCUGCUGUCAUUUCGGGCUCCACGGCGCUCCACGUUCUCGAUAUCGAUCGAGCUCACACCUGGAUCCCCAACGACCUCGAUAUCUAUACACCUGCCCACACAUACCAGCACGUGGUGGAGUACCUUGUCGACCACGAACACUACAAGGUGUUGAAGACUGACCGCGCCAAACCGUAUUCACAUACAAAUCCUGCGAUCAACCGCGUCGUGCACCUCGAGCGAGACGAUCUCGACAUCGAUGUUAUCCAAUCCUGCAACGCCUCUGCUCUCUAUCCUAUUCCCCACUUCUGGUCAUCCCAUCUCAUGAACUACUUGUCCGCGGAUGGAUUCUGUAUCGCGUACCCGGACUACACCCUUACCGGACGCGGCAUCCUCACCCCCAACCAGAUGAUUGGCUUUCAGCUCCCCACUUUCCGCACGCUUUCUACGAUCACCAAGUAUGUCGAGCGGGGGUACGAAAUACGCACACAGCCU